UCCGGUGCGACCUGCGCAAACCGGAAAAGGACCACCAGCGAAAGUUUGAAAGAUGGCGGCGCACGAACAGAAGAACAACAAGCCGAAGAAAAGCGGAGGUAAAGAGGCUCAGCCUCUGAUAAUCGCCAAAACUCCGGCGGAGGAGCAGCGUCUGAGGCUGGAGAGGUUGAUGCGGAACCCGGACAAGCUGGCUCCCAUCCCGGACCGGCCUAAAGAGUGGAACCCGCGGGCCCCGCCGGAGUUCGUCCGAGACGUGAUGGGCUCCAGCGCCGGGGCGGGCAGCGGAGAGUUUCACGUUUAUCGACACCUCCGCCGCAGAGAAUACCAGAGGCAGGACUUCCUAGACAAGAUGUCAGAGAAGGUGAACGAGGACGUGGACUACCUGGAUAAGGUGGAGCUAAACAAACAGGCAGCCGAGGAGAGGACAGCAAAGCGCAGGAAGAAGCGGGACAAGCUGAAGCAGAAGAAGAUGAUGGCAAAGAAAGCAAAGCUGGAGGCCAAAAACAAGAAAGAUGACGACGGCAACAAAAGCUCGGAGAGCAGCGAAGAAGAGGGACGAUGAUGAUGAGGAGAAGAGGCCGAAGAUGAUGCCGAGGCUCCUAGCUUCAUCAUGGGGAGGAAAUGACACCCUCUGUCCUCUGCAGGGUGAUGGACACCCUCUGUCCUCUGCAGGGUGAUGGACACCCUCUGUCCUCUGCAGGGUGAUGGACACCCUCUG